UUUCCAACCGGAUGUUGAAAAUAUGGAAGGCGUCGAUGGAAACGAAAACAAAUCUCACAUGCUGGCACUAGAACUUCAAGAAGUGGACACAGUACAAUAAUGAGUAAAGUGUAAAACCUGAAAUAUCUAAAGAAUGGUGCUAUGGGUAGUUUAGAAGGAACAUUUGAUACUAGCCUCCAUGAAGCUGUUCGUUUUGGAGAUCUAGAUGAAGUGAAAGUAGCAUUACAGCAAGGUUAUGACCCAAACUUGAUUGGUCUGUAUCAGUGGAGUGCAUUACAUGAAGCUGCACAUAAUGGAGAGGUCGAUAUUCUAAAAUGCCUACUUAAGAAUAAAGGAGAUCCUGACAGAAAGGAUUUCUUACAGGGAUAUACAUCUCUUCAUUAUGCUGCCAGAGAAGAUCAUGUGGAGUGUUUACAAUUGUUGCUGGAGGGAGGAGGAGAUUACAGUAUAUCUAAUAACAAUGGUACAUCAUGUCUGGAUAUAGCAAAGGGACAGUGCUUAGAUCUUCUACAAUCAUUACGAGCUAAAGACUUAAUGCAGUUAUCUCUGGAGGAUGCAAAGAAAAUAACCACAGUAAAGAAAGAUAUAGAUGAUGACCUUGACCUUUCAAUAUCCAGUAGUACUGACCUUAGUAUUAUUACAGAUGAAGAAAAACCACCAGCAAUUGGAUAUAUCCACCUGACAUUUGAAUACAACUCUAAGAAAAGUUCUUUAAAGAUCAGAGUAUGGCAAAUUACAGACCUUCUGUUACCUCCUACCAAUACAUCAAUGAUUCACUCUCUGUUUAUCAAAUCCUACCUCAUGCCUGACAAGAAGAAAGAUUCUAAAAGAAAAACCGAGGAGGUGAGGGUGGAUUCAUCAGAGGCUCAUGUAAAGACAAAAAGUUCACAUCUUAGUGUACAGCAUGUAUAUUCACCAUCCACAUUCAAAUUCACAAAACCACUCGAGUAUGAUUGUAUUGCGAAAGACAUGAUUAAGGAGCGAAGUGUUCAGAUUGAAUUGUGUUUGACACAGAAAUAUUCAAAGCGAAGUUUUCUCAUAGGCAUGUUUCAUAUGAAGUUGAAAGAUGCAGUCAAAAAGAUGGUUCGAGAGAAAUAUCCCCUGAUUCCUUGUAUGAAUCAUACAAUUCCUGCCAAUAUGAAAGUUUACUGUGCUUCAGAGUUGAAAAUAACUAAUUCUAAGAAAGUGUUUUAUAGCAAUCCUGAUGUUAGAAAUCUGUCUGAUGCCAUGUCAGAUUGUUCUAGUCGAGCAGCUAGCAAUCCUGACAUGCAUGAGGUUAACUUGGAAAUUGAAUCUGAAUUGUCACCAGUAAAACUGGAAAUGUCAGAAAUUCAAGAUUAUGUUUCAAAUGAACAGAAAAAACAAAAGGAAAUUGAGAAACAACUCCUGACAAAAAUCCCUGGAUUGACCGAUUUAAAUUUUGACAUAGCAGAAGAUGUGCAAUCUGGAGAAGGAGAGCUCUUAUCUAGAGUUGUUGAUAUUACAGAUUAUGGAGAUGAAAGGGAGGUCAAGAGAAAAUCUGCCUUCACCUCAGUUUUGAAAUCUAAACUUUCACCGAAAAAGAAAACUGAAGUACAAAACAUAGCUAGCUCACAGCAGCAUAGUAUAGAACUUGAUGAAAGAUUAUCUCCACGAUUUGUGGAAGAUUGGAAAUACCAAAAUAUUAAGGAUCCAGAACAACACAUACCAGAAACUAAGAUUAAUAUACCAAAUAAACAUGUCAAGAUUAAAGAGCCUGUAAAAACUAAAGCAAAGGAAGAAAAGGAUGAAGGUCAGAGUUCACGACCUGAAACUCCAACGUGGGACUAUUAUGAUUUAGACUUAGAACCAGUUGAAAUUGCUAUAAAUGACUCAUCACCAACUUCUGAUGGAGCUCAACCAAUUUAUCUCCCCAUGGAUACAACCAUGGGAAUUAAAAAACAGAAAAGUGAAAUGACCAAAGGUCAACAGAAAGGUCACCGAAAGAGUGCAAAACGAAAAGACAAACCAAUACCCGGAAAAGCUGUUCCACAGAUCAUUAUUACUGAUGCUGAAAAUGAUAGGAAUGAAAAUAGGAAAUCUUAUGAAUUUGUUACACCAAGAAAUGUAACAAUUGAAAUGGGAGUUGACAAAUUGUCAAACCAAAAUAAAUCAAAUGCUCAAAUAACAGUGACUGCUGAUGUUCACUUGCCAAAAACAAAUCUUGAGAGAAGUGAAAGUACAACGAUUGAGAUUCAAGAUUCAGAUUCAUUUAUCAUUGACUUAGAAGACAUAGACUCGAUAACGCCAUCUCCAAAACUAGAUUUAUCAGCAAAACAAUCCAUUCCUAUGCAAGUUUUUAUUGAUGAAAAUUAUGACAGUUUCGACGAGGCCAGUAUAGAAGAAAUUCGCCACCCUUAUAUUGUGUCUAAAAAUAAUGAUUUGAUUACAGAAGUAUAAGUUCUUGGUGCUACAAAAAUACUUUUUUCCAAUUCAUGUAAAUUUUAUUCUUCCAUAGUUUUUCAUUGAUUAUGCAUGAAUAGAAUCAACAAUGCUAUGGUUUAUAUUUUAACAAGAAUCUACCAUUAUCUUUGAAUUUUAAGCAAUAAUUUUUACUAUUUAUUAAUUUUUUUAUUUUCUUAAAUUUUGACAAGUUAUAACAAAGGGCUAUUCUUUUGGAAUGAAAUAGAGAUGGUAGGAAGGGAUGCUUUAUUUUUGGACAUAUGUUGUUUUGGUAAUUUAUGGAUAAUUUUUCUUUUGAUGUGUUCUUAAGUCUAUUGAAUGUAAUGUAGGUUGUUUGGGGAUUUUGCACUUUGGGAUCUUCCCUUUCUAUCUCCAAUGUCUAUUUUAAUAGAAUAGUCCUAAUGGUAAACCUUUUAAUGGGAUUGUUACGAAUAAGUUUCAUUUUUUACAAAGAUUUUAAAACUCAAAUUAAAUUUAUAAAAAUGUGUGUUCUAUUCAUAAUAUGUAUAGGGGGAAAAUAGCUGCUAAUUAUAAAUAUUUAUGCAAAUUUAUGUAAAUUUUCUAUAUAAGUGUACAUUUAUCUCAGGAACUUUUUUGCCAUUACAGACCACUCGAAUUCAUAGGGCUAUAUAUAUAAGGCAUGCUAGAAUGCAGAUUGAAUGUAAGUUUUUUUAUUUGGAUAAACGUAUAGGGUUGGCACCUUCAAACUAGUUUUACCCCGCCACAUUCUGUAUUUGCCUGACCCAAGUCAGGAGCCUGUAAUUCAGUGGUUGUCCAUUGUUGCUGUAUAUCAUAUUUGUUUUUCGUUCAUUGUUUUGUAAAUCUGGUUGUUAGUUUUCUCGUUUGAAUUGUUUUACAUUUGUCAUUUUGGGGGGCCUUUUAUAGCAGUCUAUGCAGUAUGGGUUUUGCUCAAUGUUGAAGACUGUACGAUGACCUAUAUUUGUUAACUUCUAUGUCAAUUGGUCUUUCUGGAGAGUUGUCUUAUUGGCAAUCAUACCACAUUGUCUUAUUUUUAUAUCGUUAUUGGCAUGCUAUGAAACAAAGUUUUGCAACAGAACAAAUCUAACCAGAUAGUUUUAGGCGUAAUUUGAAAAAAUUUAAGUUGUAAGUAAAUGCUAGCAAUAUUUAAUCAAAAUCUCAUGUAUCAUGUGUAGGUAGCAGGAAAGGAAAAAUAUAAAUUCUUCAAUACAUACACUUAUCUAUAGAGAAAGCGUUUGGCUCAUUUUAUAUAGUAUUAUAUACACAUUUCAUGACAUAUAAAUGGAAUAUUGUUAUAAAUUGUUUCAAGGUUAAAAAUAUAUUUGGAUGAUUAAUAUUUAUAUUCAAUGUUGUGACAAAAAGUUAUGAGUAAAAAUUAUGUUAUAAUUAUAAUAUAAAGUUACUACUGAAGCUUAUGUACAUGUAGAACAAUUAAUACUAUUAAUAAAUUUAUCCAUUUACUUGAUUUAAUGACUUGUACUUUUAUAGUAUGGCAUGUUUUUUCACCUUGACCUAUUUCACCAAGACUAUACAUUGUUGACCAAACACAUGUACAUUUUGUACUGUAACUAAGCUUUUUUAAUGCUUAGAAUAUAUUUAGACACAUUAAUGUCAGUAUAAUCCAUAGUAAAUUAUAUAACACAUCAUAUUCAUAGAAUUACUGUGUUAAGAUUUGACUGCCAAAAUAGUAACCAAGGUUGGCGCUUAAGUACACAACCUGAUGGGGAGUGCAUUUUGUUUUCAAUCAAUGUUAGUAUUUUUAUAUAAGAAUUUUUUUUUCUUAUUUUUAUACCAAGUUUAACAUAGUGCAGUGGCAUUUUGUUUUUGUGUCUUCGUAAAUGGUGUUUUUAUCAAUCAGAAUUGCCAAACAUUGAUGUCAAAAAGAUACAACACCAACCAUUAAUAGUACAUAAUUUUGUUUCCAAUUCUUUCAAGUUGAUAAACCGUUUGUAAAAUGUAGAACUAAUUGAUAUGACUAAGAACAAUCACAGAUUAGAAAAUCUGACAGUGUUUGAUAGUUUAACAAAAGAUUUAUCUAAAUCUACGAAUACUAAAACAUGUUUGUUAGUUCUUAUUAAUUUGUACUAAUUGAUAUUAUUAAUCUGUGCAAUAAUUGUAUUUAUUUCUAAGCUGCUGGCAGCAAAACUAUUAUUUGUUAUUUUAAAAUAAUAUUACUUGUUGUGUCUCAAGUUAUGAUUUUUAUCUGUGCAUUGAUGUUGAAAAACUUUUAUAUUGUUUUUGAAAUUAUCUUAAUUACUGUUUGCAAUGGUUGAAUUGAUGCUUUUGUUAAUAUUUUUUCUUGAUUGCUUAUGGAUGACAUAGGUGUUAAUCUUGUAGAUUCAGGGUUAACAACUUGUAUGAAGCUUUUUUUCAGACUUUUCAAGGUUAAAUUUCGAAAGGUAGCAUGCUUUAUUAAUCUCAAAAUUAGUAAAGUUUAUCCAUUUCAGUGGCGGAUGCAGACAUUUUCAUAAGGGGGCAGCUCUAGUCAUGCUUCAGUGGUCCCUAAAUAAUCAACCAAAUUUUUCCCACAAAAGGGUGGCCCGGGCACCCUCUAGAUCUGCCUCUGCAUUUGACCUUAUACCAAUUGUGUCAAUUGUAAAAAAAUAUUGUAUUUUUGAUUGGAAAUCAAUUUUAAAGAAAUGUCAAUAUUUUUUAUUGACAAUCAAUUGUAAACAAUUUCCAGUACAGGAAUACCUGAAUAUGUAUUCAAUAUAAAAAAUCUUCAUUUAAACAAUGUGAAUACAUAGUAAUUGGAGUGUGGUGCAUUUUUGUUCAAAUUUCUUUGAUGAUAUUACAUAUAAAUGCCAUAAAUUUGCUGUGUUUCUUAAGCUUCAGCACAUUCAUUCCCAAAACUAUCUCAAACAUCAGGAGUUUAAAUAUAACUGUGAGAACAUCCUCAUGCAUGGUCACAAAAUAUUGAUCAAUUACAGUUUAUGAAGUGCAAAUAUGUUCCUGAAAUUGCUGAUUUAUCAAAACUUUUUAUAUUUAAUCCCAUGUAUAUUUUUGUAUACCACAAACCGUAAAAAAGGAAUUUACCCUAAAACAUCUGUAAAUUUCUUCAAUGUGGUACAUCAAAUAUAAUUUACUAAUUUAGCAUUCAAGGUAAAAAUUGGUAUAUCCUUAUAUAUAUUUAUAGAUCUAUUCUAAAUUAAACAGAUAAUGACUGGAUUAUCAUGAGUAUUGCUUGACUUGUCUUCCAGUAGAUUUUAUAUAAUUAUAUAUAUAUAAAUAUAUACACAUACAUAUGUAUUCAUGUUUAAAGAAGUGAAAUUGUUACUUAUAUAAAAUAGUUAAAUCCUGUUCAA